CUCAAACUCAAAAGAAAAUUCACGAUUAAAAUUCCUUUUUACACUAAAAUAUAUUUAUUAAAUAUUGUAUGUAUGUAAUUGUAAUGUACAUCGUUACCUAUUAGGUUGUUCAUUUUACAAUAUGCUUGUUAAAUACCGGGUACCAAAAAUUAGCGUUUUUAUUUAUUUAAUAUUUUCUUAUCAAAUUGAAGGCAAAAAUUGCAAUUUCAACAUACAAGUUGAACAGAGAUUGCUGAAUGAAGGAUUCCAUAGAAACCUCAGCAUCGACAUAGACUUUGCAAGUGAUUAUGAAGAGGAAAGAUGGUUGUAUGAGGACUGCAUGGUGGGAAUGGAGCAGACCUUACCCUCAGGAGUUUAUUCCAGUAUAGAUGAUAUAAAUGAUAAUGGCUGCACUAGUCUGAUACACACAAUCUUCAAAACGCCCGUUAAUAUAGAGCUGCCAGCAGAGAAGUCCGAGCCUAUCGUCAUACAUCUGUUGAGCAAAGUAAGGGAUUACAGGACUCGUAUUUAUAUACCGGUGCAUGCGAGGUACCAUCAUCCGGUCGCUGGUGGAGGAACAGUCAGAAAUGAGAUACCAGUGCCAAAGUUGAACCUCCAAUGUCCGAACAGAAGACUGGAGAGAUGUGAGGACCUGUACAUGGAGGUCACCAGUGACAACCAUUUCUGUGCAGAGCAUGUCUCCAAAAAGGUUUGCUCCUGGAAAGAAGUACCAUUUAUUAUGGUCACAGCUCCGGUAACCUGGGACGUCCCGGUGGGAAACACGGACCACUACGCCAUAGUGGCGUAUGGUACCGCGAUAGUUAUAACAGUGGGCUCACUGUACCUCUUGAACACAUUGCACAGAUACACUAUACGAGUCAGAAGGAACAAUAAAAAUAAAUAAGCAAUAUA